GAUGAGGGGCGAGAAGCGGAGCAGCGAGUGGCGCAGCAGCGAGUCCAUCACGCCCGACCGCGUCCUCGUCGAGGUCAGCUCGCCGGCGGGGUUGCCUCAACGUCCACCGCCGGGUCCGGCCCUCCAUACGGGAUGUCCGACGCGUACAGCGAGCACGGCGCCCCGAGCGACUGCGUCUGCAGAGCGUUCAAAGCGCGCUUCAAGCCCUCGCUGUCGCCGGGCGCUGCGGCAGCGGCGGCACCGGCCACUGAAGGACCCGCGGCGUGCGCAGCAGCCGCCGCGGCGGGCGGCGGCACCGCUGACAGGAGGGCGGCCCGCUGGUUCGACCGCUCGUCCUCUGCGGCCCACGCGCCGAGCGACCGCCUGCCGGGCUCGGGCGCCAGGCCGUACUCGCGCUCGUCGAUCUCGUCCGCGAGGAGCCGGUAGGUGAUACCGCCGCGUCUCGGCGAUGUAAGCAUGCGCCUUCCCGAUCUGGCCGUUGAGGUCAGGGUUCUUCUUGAGCGAGUGCACGCGCACCCAGCCGCCCUGGAGGCUGCCGGGCGGCGCAGCAGCCGGGGCCGCCCCGUUCGCUGGUGCCGUCCCAGCUGCCGCCGCCGCCACAAGCUGGGGUGCCGCGGGCUGUGGUGCCACGGGCUGGGGUGCCACGGGCUGGGGUGCCACGGGCUGGGGUGCCGCGGGAAGCACCUGCGGCUCCGGCUGCGGCGAGCCGGGAGGGGAUGGCAUCGGAGAAGGCACCCCCACGGCCGCCGCCUGCGCCGCCUCGGCCGCUGCGGCGGCCGCUGCAGCCAGCGCCGCCGCCUCAUCAGCUAGCGGUGCAGGCGGCUCCUCCUCCAUGGGCGAGACACCGCUGGCUCUGCCGCUGUCAUUGCCAUCGCCGCCGCCG